AUGGGGAAACAAUUGGGGAGAAUCCGUUUGCUUUGUCACGAAGAACUUGGCCUAAUCCUCGCCCAGCUCACCGACCCAGGUGACAGAAUAACCUUUUCCCAAGUCUGCAAGGAAUGGUUUCAACUCGAGGCUCUACACCGAUCAUCACUCCGUCUUCUCCGACACCAAUUCCUCCGCCAGGUACUCCCUAGAUUCCCCAAUUUACUCACAUUCCAAACCUCCGAGCACAUCACCGACCCUGACCUCGAAUUUAUAGCCCAAACAUGUCCCCAACUCGAGACCAUUGACCUUACCACGUCGGGUCAUAAACCCUUCUGUCUCUUGGGGUUUGGUCUCGUGGAGCUGGCAAAUAGAUGUCCGAAACUAUCUAAGGUCUUGCUUAAGAGAAGAAGGUCUAUUACUGACCAUGUAAUUGUUUCGUUCAUAAAGUUUGCCCCGAAUUUGGUACAUUUGGAUUUGGGAGGUUGUUAUAGCAUAUCUGAUAGAGCCCUCAAAGCAAUUGGGUGUUGUGGUUCACUUAGGUAUUUGGAUUUGGAGUCGUGUGGUUUUACGGAUCGUGGGUUGGGUUUUCUUGCAAAUGGCUCUUGUUCGAAAACGUUGAAGACAUUGAUACUAGCUUGGUGUAAGGGAAUUACUGAUGUUGGGGUGUCACGGUUGCAGAAAAUGCAAUGCUUGGAGCACCUGAGUUUGUGUAACAGUUCGCGGCACAAAAUCACAGACAUUGGGGGUUUGGAAAUCUCGGCCAUUAAGACACUUAGGACAUUGAACUUGGCUGCGUUGGCUAAACUGUCUAACCGCACAGUUGCUGCAUUGGCUGAGAAUUGCCCCAAUUUGGAGGUGCUUGAUGUAAGUGAAUGUAGGUUGCUAACUGGAGCUGGUAUCCGUGCAUUUAGGGGUCAUGUGUGCUUGGAAACUAUUGUUUUGCAUCGUCUUCAUCAAGUUCAUGCGUCUGAUUUGGAACACUUGGUGCUUGGAUGUCCAGCAUUGAAGAGUAUAUUUGUUCAUGGUGAGGAGAGUUUAAGUGAGAUAUUGCCCCUGAUGCAAGAGCGCACUCGAAGAUUCGUGAGGAUGGGUAGUGCUUUUCCAACCUAUUCUUCAAAAUAG